AUGGCAAAACGCGCAGCAGAAGAGGCUCUGGAAAGCGUUGUUGGAGCAGAUUCACCAGCUUCAAAAAAGACAAGGACGAACGGGCAAGCUAUUCAGAGAGUCGACGCGCAUCGCAAAAUCAAUGGCCAUGCGGAAGAGGCUGAUGAAAGGAACGGCAAAAACUUCUUAGCUGCAGCAUAUCAUGAAGAGGAGGGGCUAGAAGAAACAAAAGCAUCUGAGGAAGAGGACGACGCCAAUGAAUCAGCUUAUACCUCUACCACGCGACAACAGGCGCCAACAGAAGGCUACAGCGACCUGUAUCUCGACACAAUAGACCGUACAGUCCUUGACUUUGACUUUGAAAAGCUUUGCUCAAUCUCACUGUCAAACAUAAACGUAUAUGCUUGCUUGGUCUGCGGGAAAUACUUUCAAGGACGAGGUCCAAAAUCGCAUGCAUACUUCCAUGCUCUGGAUGUCGGUCACCAUGUGUAUGUCAACAUGUCAUCGAAGAAGGUCUACGUGCUUCCAGAGGGGUACGAAGUGCAGAGUAAGAGCUUAGAUGAUGUCAAAUUUCAAGUCGAUCCACGGCUAGCAAAGCAAGAGGUCACGCAACUUGACCGUGAGAUCAAGACCGCAUGGGACUUGGCAGGAAAGCAGUACAGGCCUGGUUUCGUGGGCAUGAACAACAUCAAAGCCAAUGACUAUUUUAAUGCUGUUAUCCAGGCCCUCGCGCAUAUAACCCCUUUACGAAAUUAUUUCAUGCUUGAGGAUCUCUCUAAUCGCUCGGCAUUAGUCCAACGUUACUCGGUCCUGAUCCGGAAGAUUUGGAACACCAGAGCGUUCAAAAGUCAUGUAUCUCCUCAUGAGCUCCUUCAACAGAUAUCCCGCCAGUCGGACAAGCGCUUCGACCUUCUGCACCAAUCUGACCCAGUCGAUUUCUUGAGCUGGUUUCUCAACAAUAUGCACCUCGCUCUGGGGGGCAGUAAGACGAAGCCGGGUACUAGUAUACUCCAGCGAAUAUUUCAGGGGAAAUUGAAAGUCGAAUCGCAACAAAUUACACCACGAGCAGAUGCUGGGGACCGCCUACGCUUUGAAGACGCAGACAUCAACCAAUCUGUAAUCCACUACAUGAUGCUGACCCUGGACCUACCAGCCGCACCUUUGUUUCAAGAUGAGCUAGAUAAGAAUAUAAUACCCCAAGUCCCACUUACCAACAUACUCUCCAAGUACGAUGGCAUAAAACCGCAAGAACAGAUGAACCAACGAAAACGCUACCGACUACUACAUCCCUUACCACCCUAUCUAUUAUUCCACAUCAAACGAUUUUCGAAGAACAAAUUUGUGUCGGAGCGGAAUCCGACCAUCGUCACCUUUUCAACCCGCAGUCUAGACAUGUCGCCAUACGUGGAGCCCAAUCUAAAAUUACAUCCGCUAGGCGAACCAAUAUGGUACGAUCUUGUAGCGAACGUGACUCAUGAGGCUGUGCGAACAAGAGACGAUAGUGUAGAAGGCGAGGCAGAGAGGAAUAUCUGGAAGUGCCAGGUCCGCGAUCGAGCGAAGGAGGAGUGGUCAGAAAUCCAGGAUUUAUUCGUUGAGAAAGCGGCAGCUGAGACGCUUUUUACGAAGGAGAGCUACCUGAUGGUCUGGGAGAAGAGGAGGGAAAAGGGAAAGACUAAGUCAUGA